UCUUCAUCCAAUUUUUAUUAUAUCUCCUCUUUUUUCAUUUCUUUCUGUGAAAAUAAAAGAAUAUAUCACCAACCCACCACCUUAAGAUCCUCGUCUCGUCCUCCUUGUUUUUUGUCAGCUAUUUUUAUGGUCAUUUCCUGUUUUUACUCAUAUUAACUGCCGGGUUCAGUUUAUUUUGAUUUAAUAUUAUCCUAUCAGGAUCUAUUUUUUUUUAACUACCUUAUUAUUUCCAAAAUUUUGUUUGUUUCAAAAGAUUAAAAUUCUAGAGAUUUUGAAGAUAUGGGUCUUUGAAUCUAGACUUAUCUUCAUCUCCUUUUAUUGGGAACUCCAGGUGUCAGAGAAACCCAUAUCAGAUCUGAGUGCCCCACCUCUCUUUCUCUCUCUCCAUUAGCUUCCUUGGUUCAUCCAAUUAAACCCCAUUUACUUCUUGUUUAGCUCUCUUCCUUCUGUCCUUGAAUGACAGCUGUUUUGGGUGUCUGUACGAUUGGGUUCUUGUUAAAGGGCAUAUCAUUAAGAUCAAAUAAAGAUGUCUCAACUAUUAAGUUCAUUUGAGGUAGCUUGGUUAAGGUGACUGCCCACCAAAUUCGUCUAAAAAUUUACCCCUUUCUAUCUUGUGAUUUAGAAUUGGAAGAGGAGGCCCACCGUUAGGUUUGGUGGGCUUCGUUAAACUAUUUCAAUAAAUAAAACCCAAAUUAUUCUAAGUGGGGAGUUGGGUUGUGUUUAAGAUCCCACAAUUGCCAAUUUAUUUACUCUUAUUUUCAUUCAUUUUCAUUGGUUAUUUAAGAAGGUGGAGAGAGAAACGAAACAAAAUUCAAGCUUCCUAUUUUAUAUAUUUUUACCAUUUUGCUUUUGUUACAAUGGGUUCCUCUUUGUUUUGAUCCUUGUAACCUUUUUAUCAUUUAUGCCAAACUUGAGUUUGACCCGUAAGAGAAAAAAUAUUCACCUUUUCUCAUGCUACUCUACUUGUUAAUUACUUGUGUCCCCUUCUUCCUCUUUUUAAAGUCCCUCUCUCUCAGAACACUCCCACCAUGGGCAAGUGAGAUGAGAUUGUUGUCACCCUGGUUCUGGAAAGAUUUGUCUUUCUUUAACAAAUCCCAGCUGACAAACAACAAGAAGAAGCGAAACAAUAUCUUUUCAAGUGUCUUCCUUUCUCGAAAUAUGUCCCUGAAGAGAAAGGCUGGUCUCAGUUCGAAGGUCGAGAAUGUCGAGGAUAUGGGACAGAUGUCGUUUUUGGACUUGCCAGAGCUGGUCUUGGACUGCAUUCUUGAUAGACUUCCACCUAAUGCUUUAUGUAGCAUGGCGGGUGUUUGUACUUCUAUGAGAGAGAGGUGUAUGAGUGAUCGUCUUUGGGAGAAGCACAUGAAGCUGAAAUGGGGUGGUAUCAUUGGCCAAGCUGCUUACAGAGAGUGGCAAUGGCAUAUUGCUUCAAAAACUGAUAUGGGCAAUCUCAAACAAGGCAAACAAAGAGGUCUGAUGAAAAUGAUUUCUCUUGGUUGGCCUUUUUCGUGGAUUAUUAGAUCAAAGGUUGACGAUAUUAAUAGUAAGCAGAGGAGUACUUUGCCUGUUGAUUCCAUCAUGGCUUGGUAUCUUGCUCUUGAAACCGGCAAUUUCUUUUUCCCAGCUCAGGUCUACAACCGCGAGAAUGGGCAUGUCGGGUUUAUGUUGUCAUGCUAUGAUGCUCAGCUUAGCUACGACCCUCGUACUGACACCUUCCAAGCCAGGUACCCACCACACGGAAGGAGGGCAGUAGCGGUUGAGACUGGUGUUCCAUGGGAAAGGCUUAGAGCACCGCCUGUUGAGACUCCUCCUCAUGAUCUUCAUAUCUCUGACUCCUUGCAUGAAUUACGCCCUGGAGAUCACAUCGAGAUUCAGUGGAGAAGAAACAAAGAGUUCCCUUACGGUUGGUGGUAUGGAGUUGUUGGUCACUUGGAAUCAUGUGAUGGGAAUGAAAAUUACUGCCGCUGCCAUGAUAGCGACACUGUGGUGCUGGAUUUCAACCAGUACACGCCAGGUUCGCGAUGGAGACAUACAACAGUCAGUAGAAAAGACCAUAGAGAGGAAGGAAAUGAAGCUGAUGGUUUCUAUGGCGGAAUACGUAAGCUUAACAAAGAGGAAGAAAUAUCGACGUGGAAGAAAAUUUGGCCUACUGAAACCUUGGAUUAGGCUUUGGCAUUAGGAUUUUAGGAGAGAAAAGAAUAUACUACACUUCCCACGCUUUGAUCGAUGUACAAGACCCAUUUUUAUUCUGAUCAAAAUGACUACCCAUUCAUAGUCUUGCUUGAUAGAAGCUAAGAUUUCAACCGAGACUUCUGAGGCAAUUGCAUGAAUUAAAAGGCAUUCUUUUUUUCUCUUUCUAUUGUGGAAGAUUUCUCGGUUAUUCCAUGCAGUUAAGUUCCAUGUAUAUUGCCCCAAAUUGGUGCUACAUUGAUGAUUUGAUGUAUCAUGUACUAUAUUUAACACUUCAUAAUAUAAAGUUGUAGUUUUAUAUUA